AUGACGGAUUACAGCAAGCUCAAGGUCGCGGAGCUUAAGGACCUUGUUAAAGAGCGUGGCAUCGCGUCCACCGGGCUAAAGGUCAAGCAAAAUUACGUUGAUGCGUUGAUUGCGGAUGAUGGUGCUGGCGACGGAGAUGAAAGCGUGAAGAAUGGGAAAGAGGAAGCAGAGCAACCAGCGAAGCAGGAGCCAAGCGAUGCGAAAGACGAGCCAGUUGCCGAAAGCUUACAGCAGGAUGAGGUGGAUGAGCAUGCCGAAGAGCAGGGCAACAAGCGCAAACGUCGCAGUCCCACGCCACCCUUAAGUGAGGAGAGCGUCAAUAAGAAGAUCAAGACUAUGGAGAUGAAGACUGAAGAAGAUGUCGGGGUGAAGCUACCAGAGGAUGUGGUGGCAGAUGCGCCGGCACCUGUGGAUGGGCAAUCAGAGACGCAGGCAAAGGUCCUACCAUAUGGCAGCAGCGACGAUGUAAUGGACGUUAAACAAGAGGAUGCUACAGGCGACAGCCGCAUGCAAGACACCGAGCUAGAGCACGACACUGCCGAGGAUGAUGCGCUACCAUCGAAGCACCCAAUUACCCGAGCACUCUACAUACGGGACCUUGUACGACCUCUUCAGCCAAACUUUCUGCGGGAUCAUUUACUAUCAUUGGCUCAGAAGUCAGCCACGGGAGAUGUUGCCAUCGAAGACUUCCACCUCGACAAGCUUAGAACGCACGCGUUUGUACUCUUCGACACCACCUCGGCGGCUAAAGCAGUCAGACAGGCAUUGCACGACCGGAUAUGGCCGGACGAGCCAAUGCGCAAGCCUCUUUGGGUUGACUACAUACCAGACAGUUCGGUGCGAGAUUGGAUUGAUACCGAAGUCGGCAAAGGCGACUUGACCCGAUGGGAGGUCGUCUACAGUAGCGCUGACCUGGACACCGACGGUCCAGUCACCGCAUCACUACGAGAAGCUGAUGCUGGCGCAAGUAACGCACGCAACACAGCACGCCAACCGACCGGAGCUGGUGAAGGCAUGCCCAAUGCUCCAUCUGGACCUCGCCGACAGUCAACCCAGUACCAACAACCGGCACCUCCACGAUCGCCUGAGGAAGAUCACCGGCCCCAGAGCAAAAACAACGAUACCCUCGACGACAUGUACCCUUUCACUCAGAACAAGCCCAAGAUCUACUAUCAGCCUGUCCCGCGGGAGUUGGUGGAUAGACGACUUGAGGAGUUUGAGAAGGAGAAGAGCAGAGACUGGGAUGAUCGAUUCGCGGACCCCGCGGCUUACGCGGAGGGUGAGCUGAGAAGAUAUACCUUCGAGGAUGGCGACAGGCUGGUGGAUGGCGGUGCGGAUUUCGGGCUGUUUGGCAGAAACUCGAGAGGUGGCAUGCGCGGUGGUGGAAGAGGUAGGGGUAGAGGAGGGGAUCGCUAUCGGGGUGGUGGUCGGCGAUAG